AGAGACGCAACUGUAGGAUGAGGUUUAUCUUGCGUCAUCUGAAUUCACUUGGAGUGAUCAACAAAUUUGAUUCCUUUCUUCUACAUUAUCAUACCAACUCGCUUAAAUCUAACCACACUUUGAAGCAUUAUCUUGAAUCUGGGAAGCCAAUUAAAGCUCUUUUGAAUUUCCGGCAUCGCUUCAGAGAAAGUCCCAGUUUUAUUGACAGUUUCUCUGUGUUGUUUGCCAUUAAAGCUUCGUCAGCUCAGAAAGCUUCCUCUUUUGAUGGUAGACAGAUCCACGCUCUUGUAAGGAAGCUAGGGUUCAAUACCGUAAUUCAAAUUCAAACAUCUCUGGUGGGGUUUUACUCUUCCGCGGGUGAUCUCGAUGAUGCACGCCAAGUGUUCGACGAAACGCCUGAGAAACAGAACAUUGUCUUGUGGACAGCGAUGAUUUCAGCGUACAGUGAGAAUGAGAACUCUGUGGAAGCUAUUGAGCUGUUUAACCGAAUGGAAGCGGAGAAGAUCGAACUUGAUGAAGUGAUUGUGACUGUGGCUUUAUCCGCUUGUGCUGAUCUUGGGGCAGUGCAGAUGGGAGAACGGAUUUAUUUGCGGAGCAUCAAGAGGAAACGAAGACUGGCUAUGGAUGUAACUCUGAGAAACUCACUUCUUAACAUGUACGUGAAAUCUGGGGAAAUUGAGAAAGCUAGGAAAUUGUUUGAUGAAAUUAUGAGAAAAGAUGUGACUACUUACACAUCUAUGAUCUUCGGGUAUGCUUUAAAUGGUCAAGCUCAAGAAUCUUUAGAACUCUUCAAGAAGAUGAAGACGAUUGAUGAUCAGCGACAAGACAUUGUUAUUACUCCAAAUGAUGUGACUUUCAUCGGCGUCUUGAUGGCUUGUAGUCACAGUGGAUUAGUGGAAGAAGGAAAACGGCAUUUCAAGAGCAUGAUUGUGGAUUACAAUCUGAAACCUAGAGACGCUCAUUUUGGGUGUAUGGUCGAUUUGUUUUGUCGUUCAGGUCAUUUGAAGGAUGCUCACGAGUUCAUCAAUCAAAUGCCGGUACAGCCAAACGCUGUGAUAUGGAGAACACUGCUUGGCGCUUGCAGUCUUCACGGGAAUGUUGAUCUCGGAGAAGAAGUUCAGAAACGGAUCUUUGAGUUAGAUCGUGAUCAUAUAGGAGAUUAUAUUGCGUUGUCAAAUAUAUACGCUUCAAAAGGAAUGUGGGAUGAGAAAUCGAAGAUGAGGGAUCGUGUGAGGAAGAGAAGAGUACCUGGUAAAAGCUGGAUAGAACUCGGAAGCAUUAUCACUGAGUUUGUCUCAGGACAUGAUGAUAAUGAUGAGCAGCUGAUGAUGGGAGAGAUUAGUGAGUUCUUCAUCUUCUUCUUCUCUAUGGAUGCGAUCCUUUCCCCAGCCGUGGAGGCGGAACGAACCGCCGACUCAACGAUCGACACAGUUUAUCGUUUGAUCGCCGGCGCUUUCUCCGGCGCACUUACUGGAAUUUUCGCUAUGGCUGGAGCUUUCACUGGAGCUGUAACUGGUGCGGUGGCAGGAAGAGCUGCUCAGUAUGGAGUUCUCCGUGGGGCUGCACUUGGCGCUGUUGCUGGAGCUAUCCUCUCUGUUGAAGUGUUGGAGGCUUCUCGUGCGUACUGGUAUUUAGAGCUGUCAGGAUCAAGGGGUCCAUCAUCUAUGGCAGAUUUUGUAGAGCAACUGUUUCGUGGGAGACUGGUAGAUGAACAACUUAUGUCAACAAUGAUAAAUUCACACCAUUGGCAGUUAAGGAUUUCCGAUGUAAGUUAUGAAGAGCGGGAUGAUGUUUAUGGUGAAUUGGAAGCUAGAGGCUUGUCGGGUGACUCUUUAAGGAAACUACCGUGCUUUAUCAUGUCAAGUGAAAUGGUCAAGAGGCAGGUCACUCACUGCACAAUUUGUCUGCAGGACAUCAAAACGGGGGAAAUCACACGAAGCUUACCGAGAUGUGAUCAUACGUUUCAUCUGGUUUGUGUUGAUAAAUGGCUCAUCAGACACGGGUCGUGCCCCAUCUGCAGACAGGCCGUUAAAGAUUAAAACACCACUGUUCCCGCGCUGUGUACAUAGCAAAAACACAUUAUCCUUAUAUGUUGUUGUAACUUGUAAGUCUCAAAACCCUUUCUUCUGUAUUUUUUCCUCAUUUCAUCUAGAGCAAUAUCACCUUCAGCCAUAGGUUUCUACUUUUGAAUGUAUAUUGUUGUACACAUGAAUAAGAACACCUACAGAUGUAUUGGAAAGAAUAUAGAACUUGAUCAAGU